AUGGCACCGCCGAGGGUAGAAAUCCUGUCUGAGACGAGACUGCAUCCGGCCACAUGGCACGGGGAAGAAACGACAACGCCGCUAUCUAUAAUCGAUGCCUCGGUCGCGCGCUUCACGCCUGCCGGCGCUGUGUGGUACUUCCCUUCCCCGGCUCCGUUUUCCAUCCCAGACCCGCUUUCCCCAGAUCUCCUAAAGAAGAGCCUCGCACACACUCUCUCCGCAUACCCCCACUGGGCAGGCCAACUGCGCAUGACGCCGUACACACCCGAAUCCCCGGGCAGAAAGAGGAGGAAUGAAGAGAGAUAUGGGAGGAUGGAGGGAAGGAGUGAUGAUCCCGGCGUUCUAUUCGUCAGCGCGAGGGCGGGGUGCGAGAUGCGUGCCGCGCUGCCUCCACCGCAAGACGGGAUAAAGGACUGCGAUGGGAUGGUGAGGGAGGACGUCCUCCUCCCCGCCUGCGCACUCGCAGGGUACCUCUCCCCGGCUGAGCAUUGGGACGUCAGUGUAGCGGUGCAAGUUACGAGAUUUGCGUGUGGAGGUACGGCGGUGGGGGUGAAGAUUAGCCACUGUCUCGCCGACGCCAUCACGCUUGCGCGCUUUGUAAAGGACUGGAGUGCUACACACGCAGCCCUUCUUACAGACUCGCCGCUCCCGGAACUAGGCCCCGUGUUCGAGCCGUGUGUCCUGGAUUCGCGGGCGGGGCGGAGCCUGGAUAACGAAGAGCCUGAUGAGGCGGUCCUGGAGAAGGCUUACAGGCUGCCGCUGCAUCGGUACGAUUAUUGGUGUUCGGGGCAAGGGUCGAAAUUUGGUCCUGGAGCACACCAAGUGCCUGAGAUAUUGAUGGACGAGCCUAGGGCAAAAACAUUGGCGAGGAAGGGGGAGACAAUGCCGUGGAGUAGUUGGGAUGUCUCAGCGCCGGUGGGACAUGUGGUUGUGCAUUACACAUCUGAGCAGCUGGAGCGGAUAUGGAGCGCUGCGGCUGGAGGUAACAGUGGGAAAGGGAGCGGGAGGCUGAGCAGACACGAUGCGCUGGUGGCACAUGUCUGGGCGCUUGUGAACCGCGUAAGGGGCGCGGAAAACGGGGACGUGGACAGCGAAGUGCACUGCGAUAUCUCGAUUGGCCUACGCACGCGAGUCGAGCCGCCGCUAUCUCCGUCAUUCCUGGGCUCGCCGCUGCUGAACGUAAAGACGACGCUUCCGUGGUCUGUUGCCAGCUCCGUUGCCGCACUCCCGCGCAUAGCAUCCAGCAUCAAGGCCACCCUCUCUUGCUUCACGCCCGCAGCCGUAGCAGCCCAGAUCUACGCUACGGCGUACGAACUCGCGCCUCAGAGGCUGUGGCAAGCGUUCUUGGGACGGCAACACGUGAUUGUGACGAGCUGGGCGCAUACGGGACUGUAUGGAUGUGACUUCGGUACUGGGCUGACGCCGGCAUAUGUACACCCCAUUAUGCCGCUAGUGGAUGGGUGUGUGCAGGUCAUGGAGGCGCGGCCGACGGCUGUGGAAGCACCGCCGAACAGGUGGUACGACGCCGGCGUUGACGUGGCGAUUUAUCUUGAAAAGGAGGCUAUGGGGCGGUUGGUGAGGGAUGAGCAUGUACUGCUUUGA